AAGCUCUCAGUUCCGUCAUUUAUAAAUAUCCGAACUCGGAAUUUGAAAUCGAAAGUUUAUUUCAGUUCACUUCUCUUCUAAUUACAUCGCCAAAAGAUUCUCUCAAGAACUAACAAAAGAUGCUAGCAUUCAACAACAGAAGUGAAGAGCAGAGCCAGCUACAGCUCGUCGAAAGAGAAGAGAUCGAAGAUGAAGAAGACUUGUUCGAAGCAAUCGAUAAACUGACAACUCAUGGAAUCAAUGCUGGAGAUGUAAAGAAACUGCAGGAUGCAGGGAUCUACACCUGCAAUGGUUUGAUGAUGCAUACUAAGAAAAGUUUGACUGGAAUCAAAGGAUUGUCUGAGGCAAAAGUUGACAAGAUCUGUGAAGCUGUGGAGAAAAUAGUGAAUGUUGGAUAUAUCACUGGAAGUGAUGCUCUACUCAAAAGAAAAGCUGUAAUUCGCAUAACAACAGGAAGCCAAGCACUGGAUGAACUGCUAGGGGGGGGGAUCGAAACUCUGAGUAUUACAGAAGCUUUUGGGGAAUUCAGAUCUGGAAAAACACAACUGGCUCAUACUCUCUGUGUCUCCACACAGGCAAGUGAUGUACUUCCUACUAAUAUGAAAGGAGGCAACGGGAAGGUUGCUUACAUUGACACUGAGGGAACUUUCCGACCUGAUCGCAUAGUACCUAUAGCUGAAAGGUUUGGGAUGGAUCCAGGAGCUGUACUUGACAAUAUCGUAUAUGCUCGUGCAUACACAUAUGAGCAUCAGUACAACCUGCUUCUUGGUCUAGCGGCAAAAAUGGCUGAAGAGCCCUUCAGACUUUUGAUUGUUGAUUCAGUGAUAGCUCUCUUUCGAGUAGACUUUACUGGAAGGGGAGAACUUGCAGAACGCCAGCAAAAGUUGGCUCAAAUGCUCUCUAGACUGAUAAAGAUUGCCGAAGAAUUCAAUGUUGCUGUAUACAUGACCAACCAGGUUAUAGCUGAUCCAGGAGGAGGGGUUUUCAUAUCAGAUCCAAAGAAGCCAGCAGGAGGGCAUGUGCUUGCUCAUGCAGCCACAAUAAGGCUCAUGUUCAGGAAAGGCAAAGGCGAACAGCGCGUCUGCAAGGUGUUUGAUGCUCCAAAUCUUCCCGAGGCUGAAGCAGUUUUCCAAAUAACUCCAGGUGGAAUUGCAGAUGCAAAGGAUUGAAUCAGCUAUAGUUUCUUUCUACAGUUAAUACCACCAAUUAAAGUUUCAUCUCGGUUUUUGUUAUGUGCCAUACACAGAGUAGUACAUAGUGAUGCACACAAGACUUGAUGAUUUUUCUUAAUGAAAUUAAAGUUUUCGUCUUUGGUUCUAUGUUCAAAGCAACCUCAAGCAUGUAUUAGUAAAACAAUAGCUGGCAUGUACAUGACUCGUUUAGUUCAAUAUAAAUAUGUGCAACCACAGUUAUCUGA